GUGUUGCAGCCGAGCAAAUAUAGUCGCAGCAAACAUUUCAGCAGCCAGACCCGCGUCUUUCUCUCCGCGGCGGCAACACGUUUUUUACAUGCUUCGAUUUAGCUAGCGAAAACGUGCUUUUUUCCUCAUUCCUAUUUCACUUCUAGGCAAUACUGAUUGUAUAUCCGAUUAACAACACGUUUUGUGAAAAAUAACCAUACAGUAUACAUUUUAAACGACAUUAAUUUAGGAGAAGACAUCUGAAUCCGACUGGACUAUAACAAGUCCACAUAGAGACAACAAGCAAGGACAUGCAGCAGAGAGGUCAGUGAAGAGGAUGACAACAGAAGAACAGACGACAGCGAAGGAGGGAUGAGAAAGAGACUGAAAUAAGAGGAGGAAGUGGAACUCCAAAGUGCCUACUGCGAGGGGUCGUGUGCUGCUGGAUGAGCGCAGGACGGGGCUAAGUGUGUGCUUGGCCUUGAAUGGAGGCUGUAUUUUAUCCUGACAGCCACAGAGUCAUCCAUCCCACGUUACUGAGCUGCAGUCCCCACAUACCUUGAGCUGAAACGCCUCCUCGUCUCAUCACUGCAAGGACACCAUCCCCAUAAGGUUCUGCUUUUGUUUCUGUCCCACAGAAAUCUUCUUUCUCAGGCUACUCUGACAUAACCACAGUGACUGCCCCGACCCUGGCCAUGUUGACGUGAAUGUAACAAUGACAUACGGUGGGUGUCAGUCCAUUCAGGUGAAGGCACAGAUGCUCCAGUGAUAGCUAGCGGUAGCUUCUGCUUUUCCUUUUUUUUGCUCUUUGAGACGGAGCUGGCCUCUGCUCACAGUUUGCCCCCUUUAUCUUGAACUUCAGCUGCCACUUUUCCCAGGAAGAACUAAUAAACAUCCCCUAAAAUUCUCCACCCGAGAGGACUUGCUGCCUGUUUAAGCUGAGGAAAGACAGAACAUUCUUUUAGCUUCUGUUUCUGUGUUGCUGGGGAUUUUUUUCUCUUGCAUCAGUAUUAGUCACCCCUGCUCUCGCCAGACAGUUGUGCCCUCGCCACUGUUUGUUUGUGAGCAACUCUGAUGGCUGUCAGCAUGACUAUGGGACGGGACACCAAAUGGCUGACCCUGGAAGUGUGUCGUGAGUUUCAGAGAGGCACCUGCUCGCGAUCUGAUGCCGAGUGCAAGUUUGCUCACCCCGCCCGGAGCUGCCAUGUGGAGAAUGGCCGAGUCAUCGCCUGCUUUGACUCGCUCAAGGGGCGCUGCACCCGUGAGAACUGUAAAUAUCUGCAUCCACCGCCGCACCUGAAAACGCAGCUGGAGAUUAACGGGAGGAACAACCUGAUCCAGCAGAAGGCCGCGGCGGCCAUGUUGGCUCAACAGAUGCAGUUCAUGCUGCCUGGAGCCCAGCUGCAGCCCGUAAUGUCCCUCCCUCAGACAACAUUCCCGAUGACGCCCUCUCUGGGAACGUGUCCCAGUAUGGCCUUCAGUCCCUAUCUGAGCCACAUGGGCCACGGCAUGAGCCUGAUGCCCGAGAUGCUGACCAGCGCCCCCCUGCUGGUCCCUGGGAGCCCCACCGGCCUGGCUGCCAUGGGCAACGGCACCUCCGCUCAGAAACAUUUGCGCACGGACAAGCUGGAGGUUUGUCGAGAGUUCCAGCGCGGUAACUGCACGCGGGGCGAGAGUGACUGCCGCUACGCUCACCCUCUGGAGGCCGGCAUGGUGGACUGCAGCGAGAACUCGGUCAUCGUCUGCAUGGACUACAUCAAAGGCCGCUGCAGCCGAGACAAGUGCAAAUACUUCCACCCUCCGGCUCACCUGCAGGCCCGGAUCAAGGCUGCGCAGCACCAAGCCAGCCACAACACAGCGGGCACAGGCAUGAUGAGUCCUCUAUCUUUCCAGGUUCUCCCUCCGGGUGGCAUGCAGCAGCUUCCAAAGAGGCAGAUGUUAGAGAAGAGCAACGGAGCCACCGCCGUUUUUAACCCCAGCAUGUUCCACUACCAGCAAGCCCUGGCUAACAUGCAGCUGCAGCAGCAAACCUUCAUCCCCACCAUAGACGCCUCCGAGCUCCUGACUCCGGAUCCAGUGGAGCUCCAGUGCGUUCCCAUGGAAACACAUUUCUGUCCCGUCCCCAAACUGCUGAUGGCGGCUCCGGUGGCGCUAAACUCAGUAAGCCUUUCCCGAAACCAUAGUUAAAGUCCCAAACCUGUGCACUACCAGGGCGGCCAUCUUUCCUGAAUGCAGCAAACAUGUGCCUCUCCUACAGAGUGAGAAACGUCUUAUUGUGAACGUCAGAAAGCUGCGAAUGUUGACGCAAUACAAGCCUGGACGUGAUACUGUUGUACACUGACUCGAUCAGGCUGAGCAAUAGAGCUCCCUUGUUCUUACAGCCAUAUACACACACACCUUAAAAGUGCAACACACACACACACACACACACACACACACACACACACACACACACACACACACACACACACACACACACACACACACACGGGUUGGAGCCAUCAAAUGAGGCGACCCCUGACUCUGACUGUCCCAAAGUCAAAAACUUUAAAAAGCUUAUUCUGGAAAUGAAAGUGACAAAUGGACCUGCUGCUGGUCUAAAUCCAGAGAGUGUUGUCAAAAGUGUUUCAUAUCAUAUCAUGUUUACGUUUCAAGAUGGCUACACAUGUGACGUUUGUGUUGUAUCAUGUUUCAUUUAGUUCUCAUCUCGCCUGAAGGAACACCAAAUUGUUGUUCAUUUGUUGUGCCUUUGAUUUAUCUGCUCAGCUGCAGAGGAGACUUAGAUCCAACAUACAUUGAAAGGUAUCGCAAAUGAAGACAAUUACAGUUGUUACAAUACGUAUCAACCUAUAGCAAGAAAAUGUAAGGGAAUUAUAUUAAUUGCAACUUUAAAUUCAUAUUGUUUUAUGAUCAAUAAGUAUGAUUUGUAUCCCCCUGGUUUCACAGUCAGUAUCUGGUACUAACUGUAUAAAAGCUGCAAAUGAGGCUUUACUCUUAAUGCAAAGUAACAACCUUAAAAAAAACACUAAAUUUGACAUUUUAAUAGGAGGCAAUCACUUCGAUACUCAAGGAGCUGAGUUGAGAGAUAUUUAAGAUUAUGGCUCUUAAUUUCUUGAUCUAAGAACAAACUGCCUUAAAAGCAGAUGAGGUUUUUAAAACGGUUUUUAUGAAGUGCUGCAGUAUCUUCAGUCGUGAUGGGUAAUUGUUUAAUAACUGAAAGGGAAGCUUUGUUUGGCCCGUUUUCCUCCAUGGUUUGAUAUCAAACAUGGUUUAAAAGAAUAAAAAUCUGCAGCCAAUGAGUCUCAGACACAAACCCAGAUUUCCUGUGUCAAACUCACAUGAAAUCAGAGUAUGUAAGACAAAAGCAUACAUCUAAGGUUAAAGACUGGUAUAAUUGGCACUUCUUUGUAAACUUUUAAACCUGAUGUGAGAGUUAUUGCACAAGAUGGGAGCUGGAUUUGUUUCCUGAUGUUGUGCCUAAAUGAUGUGCCAAGUGGUGGUUGAGCUGCCCCCAUUUAGUGCAAUACCUGCGUAAUCGCUCUAAAUGAAUGUUUUCCUCUCUAACUCACUUCAGGGAGAAAGCUUAGAACUUGAAAAUGUCCUGUCUCACUUUAUAAAUGUCGUCUUUUCUACUGAUGUGUCCUUUCUGUCAGAAGUAGUCAGACUCUGAAUAUUGCAGCCAAAGCUAGCAGAAUUGUUAGGUAAAGUCAGGAAAUGGAGGAAAAGAAUCACUACGUUUGAUGUCUGAUGAUAAAAAUAGAGAAGCCAGUUUUUGGUUUGCACAUGUCUGUAAGUAAAUUGCUUUAGGUGCAAAUAAUUUAAAGAAACGGCUCUGGAAAACGGCCUGAAAUCACUUUUAUCCAAAUUAAAAUGUGCCUCUCUUAAAGGUGGGGUAGGUAAGUUUGAGAAACCGGCUCGAGAUACACUUUUUGUUAUAUUCCAUGGAAUGCUCUUAACAUCCCGAUAGCAAUGAAUAUCUUAAGUGCUUUGACAACAAAUCCAUAAAAAAAUGUCAUCUGUGGAAGCAGUAGUGCUGUAAAAAGCACGACCAAUCAACUGAGCCGGCCCGGCUAAAAUAACUGGAUAGCCUACCUGCCUG